CUUUAACCAAACACUUUUAUAAUCUUCAUUACACGUAAAAAACCUACGAUAGACAUAUUUUGACAUUUGUUCAUCUAUGUAAUGAUUCUGUGUUACUUAAUGCUAGAACAAUGGCAGACUCAAAGGAGCUAAACGAAUUGGGGGUUUUCUCUGUGGAUCAAGACACGUUUGAGCGUGGUCUUCAACAAAAUGCAAACAAGCUCUUGGCCGAAAGGAAAAAAGAAUCAGAAGAGAAGCGCUUAGCAAAAGUUAGAAAGGAGUUGGACGCACUUAAUGCAAAAAUAAGACGUGUCGAAGAGCGAAUUGAUUCCCGAUUUACCAAAAUUAGUGUUCGUGCAACCCUGCACGAACAGUUGGACACAUUACAGGAUGAUUUUAAGCGUCUUAAACAAGAUGAACAAGACAUUCUACAGCGUUUGAAUCCAACUGAAAAUACACCCCAAGACUUUGAUAGUCAAUUAGAACAACGUGAAAGUCUCAUUCGGACGGGUCAAAUCACACCGUUCUCGAGGUUAGAUUCAGUUCAACAGCCGGAUGAGUAUGAAGAGAACGUUGUUGAAAAUGAGGAGGUCAAAAAUGCACCUAGUGGUUCUCCUUCUGGAGAGAAAGAAGAAGAAGAAUCUGAACAGAAGAAUGUACUGGCAGAGAAUGCUGUUUCUUCUGCAGUAACAGAAGCUACUUUGGCUUCUUUGGAUGACGGUGAUGAGCUAGUUUAUCGUAAACGUCUUCAAAAAUGGUGCACCGCUCGACAAACAUUAAGAGAGAAAAAAGAAGCUGCGGGAGAAGGUACCAGUGAAAAUAAAAAUUCACAGACACAACCAGAAUCACUUAGUGAAGAGCCAGAAUGGUUUUUGCCUCAUCCGACUAAAAAGGCCCAGGUUUUUGAUGAUGGAUUUUCUAUCCCCGGGGACAUUCGGCCGAAGCUCUUUCGCUACCAAGUAACAUGCAUACUCUGGCUUUGGGAACUCUAUUGUCAAGGUGCUGGAGGAAUUAUUGGUGAUGAAAUGGGUCUUGGAAAAACCGUACAGAUUGUCGCCUAUUUGGCUUCACUCCACUACUCUCGUAAAUUCGACAAGCCAACGUUGGUUGUUUGUCCGGCCACUUUAAUGAAACAAUGGGUUGGAGAGUUUCAUCGGUGGUGGGCUCCAUUCCGAGUAGUUAUAUUACAUUCUACUGGAAGCGGUCUCAACUCAAAACGGGAAGGACGAGAUUACAAGGAUAGUGCAUCAGAAGGAGAAGAUGAGGAAGAGGAAAGCGUUCUUGAGGCCGAAGACGAAAGGGUAAAUCCUCUUCGGCGUAGUUCUGCAUCUUUUCACAAAUUUGCGGAAAAGCUGAUUGAUAGCACUUUUGAGCGCGGACACAUACUAAUUACUACGUAUGCUGGGUUGCGCAUUUAUUCGGAUCUUCUUCUUCCUCGAGAAUGGGGCUAUUGUAUUCUGGAUGAAGGUCAUAAAAUUCGUAAUCCGGAUGCUGAAAUAUCAAUUCUGAGUAAACAGCUACGUACGGUUAAUCGAAUCAUUUUGUCCGGGACACCCAUCCAAAAUAAUCUUACUGAAUUAUGGAAUCUAUUCGACUUUAUAUUUCCUGGACGCCUGGGCACUCUUCCAGUUUUUCAAAAUCAAUUUGCUUUACCCAUCAACAUAGGUGGGUAUGCCAAUGCAACCAAUAUACAAGUGCAAACCUCUUAUAAAUGUGCCUGUAUGCUCCGUGAUCUAAUAUCGCCAUAUUUAUUACGACGGAUGAAGUUGGAUGUCGCCGCAGACUUGCCCAAAAAGUCCGAGCAGGUCUUGUUUUGUAAAUUAACACCGGAGCAAAGGAUCGCUUAUCAGCAAUUUUUGAACAGUGGUGACAUGAACAAAAUUCUUAAUGGAAAGCGUCAGGUACUUUUUGGUGUGGAUGUGCUCAGAAAAAUCUGUAAUCAUCCGGAUUUGGUUAUGCGUGAGUUUUUGGAACAUAAAGAAGGCUAUGAGUAUGGUGAUCCUAAGAAAUCAGGAAAGCUCAAAGUGGUACAAGCGUUGCUGAAGCUUUGGAAAUCUCAGAAUCAUAGGACACUGCUAUUUUCACAGACUCGCCAGAUGCUCGAUAUUUUGGAAAAGGCAAUUGGUUCGAUGGGCGACAUUUCCUACUGUCGAAUGGAUGGAACAACAUCUAUAGGACUUCGUCAGGGACUCGUGGAUGAGUUCAAUAAAACUUCACGUUACGAUGUGUUCCUGCUUACCACCCGCGUCGGCGGACUUGGUAUCAAUCUCACUGGUGCAGACCGUGUUAUUAUUUUUGACCCAGAUUGGAAUCCGUCCACAGAUGCACAAGCACGAGAACGUGCCUGGCGUUUGGGCCAGAAGCGUGAUGUUGUUGUGUACCGGCUAAUGUCUUCGGGAACAAUAGAAGAGAAAAUCUAUCAUCGGCAAAUAUUUAAACAGUUUCUUACCAACAAAAUUUUGAAAGACCCAAACCAGCGGCGUUUCUUCAAGAUGAACGACCUGCAUGAUUUAUUUACCUUGGAUGAAGACAAAGAAGAUGAGGGAACGGCAACGGGCGACAUGUUUCUUGGCGAGGAACGUAUUUUUGCUACCAAGAAGAAGCCGCAGACAUUUACAAAGCCCCCAAAUACAUCUCAUUCGCAAGUUCAACAACGCCGAAAACGCAAACCGCGUCACAGUAAUCCAGAUGACCCUGCCGAGUUUAAAAAGUUGGAAGGAGUCGCUGGUCUAGAGGCUUACAAACCCGCGGAAGAAGAAGCAAAAAGAUUGAAGAAACCCAAACAGGGCAGUACUUAUGGUGAAGAGUCUAUGCUUAGUGGAAUUUUUGCGAGUGCAGGCGUGAAGAGUUCGUUAGAACAUGAUAACCUGUUCAAUAAUGAUAAUCCAGCAGAUCGUAUGGCACAGCAAGAAGCAAACCGGAUUGCGAAAGAAGCUGCGCAAACCGUUCUUCAAUCAUCUUACGCUUCGCGUAACCCAAAACCACCACAACCAACAGUACCAUCAGUUUCUCAUACGCCGUCGCCAUCUUCUGCAGUACCAAGUUCAAGCUCACUCUUAGCUCGUCUUAAGCGAAGACAAUGAAGUGAACAUCUCUUUUAAUCCGACAAAUUGGUUCUGAAUCCUUCAAUUUUGUUUCACCCACUCUCUUUCCAAUCCGUAACAGUUUCCUUCUUUCCCUCUUUUUGUUGUCACUCUAUAGGUUGUUUCAUUAAUUGUUGCCAUACUGAAUUGACUUUCUUUUGUAUCAUUAUAAUGAACUUUGUUAACAGGUUUACUUCCCCAGCUUUGUUUAUUAGGUGCUUCAUCUUGACAUGAAACAACUCGUAGCGUCAAACGGGAUUAUCGUGAAAGGAACUUCCUUUCAGCAAAUAGUAUUCUCUUCAGGCUAUUGGCAAUCCGUAUAGUGAGGUUUUACGAAGCGAAUUUGCUGAA